AGCGCACGUCCCCCUCUCCCGUCACUAGUGUGCAUAACAUGGCGUCUUUACCGUGGCAGUUGUGUUGUGAUUGCGUUAAAAAUCCCGUUUUUUGCACUUAAAAUCGAGUUAUUUCCGGCGGAAAAGCGUCCCGGGACCGGAAGUGGCGUGCAUGUGUGCAAGUGCGCCCCCUUUGAGGAUAUUCCAGUGUUUGGUGUAUGUGUGACGUUUGUCCGGAUUUCUCCACAAUUUAUUAGAAAGUUUAUUCGCAAACGUCUGUGAUACCGACAAUGGAAUGACGUAUUCGAAAUGAGCGAAGUACAACAACAACCCAUGGCGGCCCACGUAAAACGGCCAAAAUUCGUUGGGUGUAAAGAUACAACAGUACCAUCAGUCCAUGGACGACCCAACAACCAUCUCAAUAACAAGAUCAGACUAAGCAAUCAUCAAAGGAAUUUGAGUUUGGACUUUAGGUCGAUGGGUAUUUUGCUCCCUCCUGUCGCCCAGAUAACGUCUUCCACCUCCCCCCACCUCACCCUUCACCAUCGCAAUCGCAGUCUUGAUUCGGCCCUUCAGCGUAUUCCCGAAGUGGACGUUACACCAAGUCCCGAAUGUGAACCGACUGUUGUUGUAGUUGUACCACCGAUAGUCGACCCCAAAACAACACGUGAUGAACUUGCCAGUUUGGGGUCGGAUGAUUCGGGUAUAUUGUGUGGAAGUGAUUCGGGUUCAAGCGAUACAAGUACAACAACGCGUGAAUCAAGCGUUGACGAGACGAAAGCCGAGUGUUGUAUAACACCAACAACAACACUAUCACAAUCCAAUGAAACGAGUAAAGGAUUUGGAAUGUUGAGAUUAUUGGAGAGUAAAGUGUUUGAUGUGUCAAUGGCAAUGCAUUAUCUGUUUAAAAGUAAAGAACCAGGUGUGCAAAGUUAUAUAGCGAAUAAGAUGUUUAGUUUUGAUGAUGGAGAAGUGGAUUUUUAUUUGCCACAAUUGGUUUGUAUGUAUAUACAAAUGCACGACGUGGCUGAAGUUAUACAUCCGUAUCUUAUACAUAGGUGUAGAAAAUCGAUCGACUUUUCGCUAAAAUGUGCCUGGCUUUUGGACGCCUAUAGUUCUGAUGCUUCAGUACCAUCGAAAAAGAAACCACUCGGCAUCAAACUUCGUAAUCUUAUACUUUCCGACGAACUUCGACCCAAAGACCAUAAAACACCCAUCAUGGUCUCUACCACCUUUAGCACUCUACAUUCAACAACUACGAAAAAAUCACAUCAACGUUCACAAAGCGACGCUUCAGCCCUUGGUACACGACGCCCUUCAACCACCGACAAACGCCUCUGUAUGGGCGACCUCACCUCCGGUCGUGCCUUUGACAACGGAUGCACAUGUUUCGACAGUUGCAGAGGCGUCGUCAAUGACCUACGAGGCAAAAAGACUGAAUGCACGUGCUCGGCUCCUAGACUCGCCCCCGAGCUUGAAUUUAUGAAAGCGCUGAUUUCAAUCGGUAAAUUACUGUCUUCUAUACCGACCAAGGAAGCAAAAACUACAAGAUUAGUAGCGGAAUUAACGACACUUAAUUUGAAUUUGCCGGCUCGUGUUUGGUUACCCCUAGCAACGACCCCACAUCACAUUGUUAGGAUACCGCCACAAGUUGGCGCCGUCUUAAAUUCCAAAGAUAAGGCACCUUAUAUUAUCUAUGUCGAAGUGGUGGAAGUUGAUGAUUUGCAUACGUCAAUUGUUACACCAAAAAUAUGGCCAACGUUACGUCACACAAAAUCUGAGGAAAAUUUAGGUGAUACGACCUCAUUAUCGGCGUUUAGUAUGUGUGGGGGUUUGUGUGAUGAUACUGACCCCGAUUGGAGUCAGGAGGAUGAUGAAAUAUCGCAACAGGUAAUUUUUGGUUUACAGCACGAGGCAAGUGAGUGCCUCAAACUAUAUAUUUUUUUUCAGUAUACGCAAUUGAAACGUAUAGCUGAUCGCGAUACGUUGUCGCAAAUGUCACAAGAAUCGAGUGAUUCGAGGGAACCCCCGAUGUGGAUAGCAGCCGGGGAAAUACGCAGACGUUUGUCUGAUUCAAUUCAUGAGGAAAAAAAUAAACAGUUCACCCAUGAUCCUCAGGAUCCUUCUGCCGCAGUGCUGAAGGAACCAUGGCAUGAUAAGGAGAGACGUAUUCGUGAAUGUAGCCCAUAUGGGCAUUUGACAUCAUGGACGCUACUGUCAGUGAUAGUGAAAUGUGGCGAUGAUUUGCGUCAGGAAUUAAUGGCAUCGCAACUUUUACAAAUGUUCCAGAAAAUAUGGGAGAUGGAACAUGUACCAUUAUGGGUGCACCCAUAUCGCAUACUUUGUCUAUCAAAUGAUAGUGGGUUGAUUGAACCCAUUUUGAAUACUGUCUCACUCCAUCAAAUCAAAAAACAUCGACAAUUGUCACUGUUGGAGUACUUUAUCAAUGAGUAUGGACCAAUAACGUGUGAGGAAUUUUUGACAGCUCAGAAAAAUUUCGUACAAAGUUGUGCCGCCUAUUGUCUCUUUUGUUAUUUGAUACAAGUGAAAGAUCGACAUAAUGGAAAUAUUUUGUUGAAAAGUGAUGGUCAUUUAAUUCAUAUCGAUUUCGGUUUUAUACUGAGUAUGUCACCGAAAAAUUUAGGAUUCGAAACGUCGCCGUUUAAAUUAACGGCUGAGUUUGUUGAAGUCAUGGGUGGUGAUCAGUCGGAUAUGUUUGAGUAUUUUAAGAUUUUAAUUUUGCAAGGAUUGGUCGCUGCAAGGAAACAUAUGGAUAUGAUUGUUCCAUUGGUCGAGAUUAUGAGAUCAGGUUCGCAAUUGCCGUGUUUUAAAUCGGGCGCAGCGACUGUCCAGAAUUUGAAGAACCGUUUCCACAUGAGUAUGACCGAGGAGCAGUUACAACUCGAAGUGAAUCGUAUGGUGGAAGUCAGUAUUCACUCACUAUCAACGAAACUUUACGACGGUUUUCAAUAUUUCACAAACGGGAUACUUUAAAAAAAUGCUCAAUUAUAUCAUAAACACCAUGUAUAAUAAUUUUAGUGCGAAAUAAAGUGAUCUGAUUUGCCAUGUGAGUGAAGAAUACUCAGCGGCCAAAGUGUGGAAGCAAAAAAACUUUGUAUAUAUAACAUUCCAUUUGUACAGUUGUUUUUUAAAAAUCUAGUGUUUUUUGUAAAUAUCUACGUAAAGUUUUAGUGUUGGCUAGAUAAUUCACGUUAUCCAUCCAUUUUUAAAUAAAAGUAAUAUAUAAGUAUAUAUUGUAUAAAUACAUGACUGAAAUUAUAUAAAUGAAAUGCAAAAAGACUGAUGUCAGCAGUAGGCUUUUUGCAGGUGUUAUUACUUUUUUUUUCUUGAGUUGGAAACCAAUCAAAACUGUGCAUGUUUUAUUAUGAAAUUUUUGAAUAUUGUAUUUUAUUAUAUUAUCUAUGAAUUGUAUUUCAAAUAAACGAUAAAUUAAUAAACGA